ACGUGAAAACGAUAGUGUGCCGUCAAAUAUAGCGCAGUUCAACAAAUUGCGAGGUUUGGAACUUAUCAAGGAAUUGCUAAAAUAAACUCUGUGGAUAUUGUACAUAAGUCUUGUAAAUUUUCAUCGAAGAAUCAAUUAUUUUUACUCGUAACUCUACAAUCUGAUUUGAAAUCAUCAUGUCCGAUUGGGAUACUGUGCCAAUUACUUUGCGUAAACGCGCUCCAAAGGCAGCUGCCAUGAAAUCAGAACAGGCCGUAAAUGCAGCUAGACGUCAAGGUGUUGCCGUCGAUACACAGUCCAAAUGGGGUGGAGGUGCGAACAAACAGCAUGUGACUACCAAAAACACUGCUAAAUUAGAUCGCGAGACCGAAGAACUCAAACAUGACAAAGUUCCCCUCGAUCUUGGAAAACUUAUACAACAAGGACGCCAAGCGAAAGGAUUAUCUCAAAAAGAUCUUGCCACAAAAGUAAACGAGAAACCACAAGUGAUUAAUGAUUACGAAGCAGGCCGAGGAAUACCUAAUCAACUUGUAAUUGGAAAAAUCGAACGCGUACUGGGCACUAAGCUACGUGGAAAGGAUCGUGGCCAGGUUCUGCUGCCCCCCGGGACAAAGAACUAAAAUCUCGGGGGAACAAAUUCUCGAAAAUCUUUCUUGAACGGAAGAAAAAAAUACAAUUAAAAAGCAAAUAACGUAUAAAUGGAUAGUAACUAAUACUUUAUACAUAUUUUAUAAUUGUUUUGCCGAAAAAAAAGAAAAAAUGCUGCAUUAGAGAUUAUUCUUCUGUAGAAUGUGAUUUAUUGCUGUUUUCUGUGUUUUUCUUUGGUUAUUUUGAUAUCAUCAUAAUAAUAAAUUAGGCAACGUUUUUCCUUCGUACGGAAUAAAAGUUUUAAAAAAAGUUCAACAAUAAUUUGUUCCAAUAAACAAAUAAAAUGAUGAAACCAAAUGAGUAAGGAUGCAUUGAAUGAAAUCAGAAUUGUAAUAAGUGUUAUUAUUGUCAAGUGAAUCCAGAUAUACUUAGCAUAGAAGGCUGUAAUGACACAUGUUAUAUAACUGUAUACUAGAUGAAGAUGAAUAAAGCUUAUCUCAUAAUUUAUUACCUA